AGCUGAAAACUGAACCUGGACAGACAGAAGGACAGGACAGCCCCCCCCACAACAAAAUGGCGCUCCCCGGACGCAGGGCCUGGGCACUGCCCUCCCUCUGUUUCUUCCUUGUGGUCUUGAUCUGCUCUGGGGAAGGAACACCCAGGCCACCUGUGGAGAUCGAGAGUCCCGUAGCUGAGCCGGACACAACAGGGCCCUGGAGUGUCAUCAGGGCCAAGGUGGCGGGUCUGGUGGAGCCGGUGGUGAGCAAGACACAGGAGAAAUGGCGCAACUUUUGGAGCCCCGGGCCCUUCCAAGGCUACGUGCAGACCUACUAUGAAGAUCACCUGAAGGACCUGGGUCCUCGCGCCCGAUCUUGGCUGCGCAGCUCCAAGGAGAAGGUUCUGAACAAGGCGCACAGCCUGUGCCCUACCCUGCUGUGUGGAGACGGGGAUGCUGACUCCCAAUAAAAGAAAUAAAAGAAU